AUGGGAAAGAAGCGACAAGCGAAGAAGACUAAUGACAAUAGCGACAAUGCAGCGACUGUGGUAAGAGGAAAUGACGUACGAUUCGAACUUUCAGAUGAGAAUUCGACGGGAUCAACGAGACGCAAAUCGAAAAGUAAGAAGAAACCCAGUGAGAUAGUUCCUGAGGCAGAAGUUUACGAUAAUGAGGCAGAGUACCCGAGUUCACGUAUCAUCAAGAGAGCUCCAAACGGGGAUGUCAUUGUUGAGUCCUUGGAAGAAACAGAGCGCGCGAAACCGGCAAAAGAAGACCCUGGUAUCUCAACGAAACUCGAUAUGCAUUGGGAAACACUGAGCAGUGAGGAAAAAAAGCGAAUUCUGCGAAUAGAGAAACAAGAAGUGUUUGAGGUGAUCAAGAACUACCAAUCGAGCAACAACUGUAAUUGCUCUGUAUGCGGCCGUCGCAACGUGGCCAUGGAGCAGGAACUCGAGCAGAUAUACAAUCGACUACACGACAAUGCUAAAGAGAGUAACUCAGACACCGACUUUGUACUUUUUCAUCUGAACAUGAUCAAGGAGCUGCAGAAAGCCAACUCUAGUGCUAACUUCGAUGGUGAUACCAGUGCUGACACGAGCGCUCACUCAGCAACCACGAACAGCGAGCAGCUGAAUACCGACCAACUCGACACACCAUCGCCACAGUAUCUCGACGAGAUGCGCGACGAGGCCGUCAAGUACUGUUUGUCAAGCAAAGCUGUGGAGUCUCUAAAGGAAGAGGUUUUACAGUUCAAGCACAACAAGCAGCGGCAACAACAGCUGCACCAUCAGCAACAGCAGCAACAGCACCACCAAACAAAUCAGCAUUCGCCUCUGGACGAGCGACACAACAUAGGAGCAGUUUCUGAACAUCUCCAGCCCGUUUCGCUGGCGGGAUCUCAACGCCAGCAAUAUGCCCAGGCAUCCCAACAUCGUCCAGAUGAUUAUUUAAAAUCCUUUGAAGGCACUUCUAAUGAGACGCCAUCCCAACUCCGAGAAAAAGACUUACAAAUCCGUCAACUUUUGCAGCAACAACGACCUCCGAACGCAGCAAAUAUUCAUCUACAGGCAGGUCCGCAAAGCUCGGAUGUGCAGCAAGACCUUUUAGGAUCUGAACUCUCCCAACGCAUGGCAAAGAUACCUUUCUCCGAUGACCAGGAACCGGCUACCAAUGAAGAAUUGAAAGAUCGGUAUAUGAAUUUUGCAAAGACUUUUGUUUCAUCGCACCCUAAAAUUGCACAGGAGUAUGUUAAUAGAAUGAUGAUGUAUCCCGAUAUGAGAGCGCUGACAGAAGAUUUGAUGUACAACAAUGGGCAAAGUUUCAUAAAAGCGAUGGAAGAUUACGUUGUUCAGAAAGGCAACGAACCAGCAGAUGGGCAACAAAUCGACGAAUCGCAGGAGGCAGGCCAAAUUCCAGCAGAUCGAGUUCCGUUGACUCCUGACCAGUACGCUAGCAUUCAAAGACACAUCGCUGCUGGAAUGACUGCUUCUUUCGAGUCGCAAGCUCGGGAAUUGCAAAGCAUAAGGGAAAGUGACGGAAAGGGUCUGUUCGAGCAGUUUUUGGCAGGCGAAGAUCCUAUAAGCAUGUUGUUGAAGUCGUUUACAACGCACAAUGGUCAGCAAGGUGAGCAGAUGAUGGCUACUCAAGAGAUCCAGGAGGAGAUCGAUUAUGACGACGAAGAAGAAUACGAUGAAGAAGAAUAUUCUGAUUAUGAGGACGAAGAAGAGUCCAUAUAUGAAGAAGAAGCGUACGAAGAAAAUGUUAUGGAUGAAGACGAAUAUCUACACCAUCAUCACUCGCAGCAACACCAAAACCACCACCACGAGCAUGAGCUGGAUCUUGGUGAAGAGGAUGUCAGUACUGCCGGAAAUGAGGAGGAUUACGAUAGCGGUAUCGAUGAACAAGAGCGCUUAGAAGAAGGAAGGAGACUUAUCCAAAUUGCAAUCACCAAACUAUUACAGAAGAAACUUGUGGACUCUUACCAAGAGAAGCAGGCUGAAAACAAUCGACUGAGGUUGCUUCAGGAACUUGAAGCCGAAGAACAAAAAAAGCGCGAGAAAGAAGAGAAGAAGCAGCGCAAGCGCGAAAAGGAGAAAGAAAAGAAGAGAGCCCAACAGGUUGCGAAGGAGCAGGAGAAGAAACGCAAAGAAGAGGAAGAAGUGCGAGCAAAGAAGGAAGCGGAGGAGCGCGAAAUGCAAAGAAGAGAGGCCCAAAGACAAAGAGUUGAGGAAACUAGGCGUAAAAAGGAUGAAGAGAAGAGACGCAAAUUAGAAGAACAAAGGCGUAAGGAAGAAGAACAGCAAAGGCAGAAAAAGUUGAAAGAAGAGCAGAAACGUAAGCGUGAAGAGGAAAAACGCCUCAAAGAAGAAGCUAAACGCCAGAAGGAAGAAGAACUGAAAGCACAAAAAGAGCAGAAGCGGCUGGAAUUGGAGCGCAAGAAACAGUUGGAAGAUGCGGCCAACGCUCAGCAAGAGAUUCAAAAGCGUCGUAGCUCGGAGACGCCCUCUCAACGGCGUUUAAGCACGCCCCCUGAGGCAGUUCCGUAUGCGAUGCCUCAAAGUAGUGUGGACAAUGAUGACCUAUUCCACAUGAUUAAUGAAGCUGCGUCCAAAUCUCUGUCAACGCCUUCCUCUCAUCUCCAGACUCUGCUCCAGCCUCAGGUAGCGCGGCCAACCAUACCGCAACCACCCGCAACGGGCUUGUCACUCAACAACAUGGGAGUGAAUUCCACAAACUGGCAAGCCUCGGAGCCGUUUUCAAAUGCUUCCUACGAUUCCCUUGCUACUGGCGCAAAAUCGUUGGAUAAUUCUUGGAGCAACAUGGGCGGUCUUUUCCAAAUGUCCCCAAGAAAAGUACAACCUAGUGAAGUUGAUAAUCAAAACGCGAUUCCGGUACACAAUCCAAUGUCUCAGUAUUCUCAAUUCGGAACCGGUGUGGGUGAUCGCAAAAAAUCGUUUCAUGACGAACUCGACAACCUAACCAACUUUCUGUCCUCAACCUCUCUUGCUGGAAAUCAUUCGUCGUCAGCAGGCUUCCAGGUGCCGGAGAACAUGUGGUCUUCGACGGAUCAAAAGCAUCAUUCCAGUGUUCCGUAUAUGACCGGUCUGAAUUCAAGCACCCCGGUCAACAACGCAGUGAAACCACAGCGAAAAUCAAUAUGGGAGAACGACGCACCUUUAGGCUCCAGUCCAAGUGUAGGAAACAUUGCGCCCAACAUUUGGAAUGGGGUGAGCUCUAUUGCUCCCGCCGUUUCGUCCAAUCAUUUAGCUGAAGCCAUUUUGCAGGCCUACUCCCUGGUACGAGGCGAGCUCAAUAAAGACUUUGUUGAUGUCGAAAAGCUUUAUCACACUACGCUCUCAUUGUUGCAAGACGCCAAUGCUUUGACUUACAACAAUUACGUCAAUCAAGUCGUUGGCAUGCGUUCAACACACAAUUGCGAGGUUUUGACAAACGUCAGUGGCAGCGUCACCCAUGUAAGGUUUCCCUACAGUUACUUGCAGCAGCAGCAGCAGCCACCUCGGACUCAGACGAACUUUUUUAACACAACGGCAGAGGUAAUCCAGGGUCAGAGUCCCUUGAAAAACACAACGUAUCCUCAUGCCUUGUUUGGCGAUCUCUAUAAUGGCAACAAUGGCGCCAUGUCAGCACCCGGCGCUACAGCCGUGCCAGGUGUGAACGCCUCUCAUUAUAAUUACGGCCACACCUUUGGAAAGGCUCGAACUAACAAUAUCUGGGGAUAA